UUGUUAUCAUCUUAUCAUUGUACAUUAUCAACAUCUAAGUAGUUACUAGUUAUUUUUUACCACGCUUUUUGUUUUUUGUUUUGAUUUUUACAUAAUAUUUAGAAAUUAAUUCGUUUGCAUGUCAUUUUAUACGAGAAAAUUGAAAAGUCUAUGCGAAUGGCACCGAGUUCUGCACAUCAAUACUAAGGAAUUCAGUAUUUCAAUAGCAAUGGCUAAAAGCAAAUAUGAAUAUGUACGAACAUUUGAGUUAGAAGACAAAUGUUUACAGAACUGUUGGAUCGUUGUGCGAUUGGAUGGCCGUUCGUUUCAUAGGUUUACAUCUGCACACAAAUUUGAAAAACCAAACGAUAAAAGAGCUUUGGAAUUAAUGAACAGAUCUGCUGCAGCAGUUAUGGAAGAAUUCAGGGAUGUGUCUUUAGCUUAUGGACAGAGUGAUGAAUAUAGUUUUAUACUCAGAAAAAAUACAGAUCUUUAUAAUAGACGGCAGUCAAAAAUUAUGUCUGCAAUUAACAGCACAUUUUCUGCUUCAUAUGUAUAUUACUGGAAUACAUAUUUUGAAGAUAAGAAACUUUUGUAUCCACCAUCAUUUGAUGCUCGAAUUGUUUUAUAUCCUUCAGAUCAAAAUUUACGUGAUUAUUUGAGUUGGCGUCAAGCAGAUACACACAUUAAUAAUUUGUACAAUACAGCUUUUUGGGGACUUAUUUUAACAAAAGGAUUAUCAAAUAAUGAGGCUGAAAAAAUAUUAUGUGGAACUGUGUCAUCAGAAAAAAAUGAAAUACUAUUUAAAGAGUGUGACACUAAUUAUAAUAAUGAGUUACCAAUGUAUAGAAAAGGUACAGUGUUAGUAAGAAAACUUGUUAAUAUACCACCAUCUAAAUCCAAGAAACACAUCAUAUGUCCAUUACAUGUAGAUAUUAUUGGUGAUAGUUUCUGGGAAGAAUAUGAUGAAAUAUUAAGUUUAAAGGAUCUAAAAUUAAAUAAAGACUUUAAGCCAGAUGAAACUUUUUACUUGGUAAAACGUUCUUGAGUAGAUUUUUUUUACAAAUAUGAAUUUUAUAUUAAACAUACAAAUGUAUAAUUAUAUAAUUUUGGAGAAUAAAAAACUGGUAUUUUAUAAUUAGUAAU